ACAAAUGUCAUUUCACAGAUCAUAUAAACAAAAACACCCGAAAUUCCAAAUAGCUACCAUGUCAUGUGAUCACCAGAAGGUCUAUUUUACAUCAAAAACAUGAUAUAUUAACAGACAUCCUACACAUCAUUGCUCUAGCAGACAAAAGCAGACAAAGCAUCCAAAGCAGACAACCUUCAUUCAACAACAAAGCAGCAUUUAUUCCACCAACACCACCUCUAAUUAAAUUACUCACACCAGAGUGGUGACCUAAAUACAGCAAGAACUAAAUAAAAGAUUUGUAAUGUGAAAGAUAAAUGUGCAUUUAAGUUCCUUCGAACCCCGUGUGAUUCGCCUUCUCAAAGUAGGCUAAACCGAUAACACAUGAUGUGUCUUUAUACUAUGUGUGUAAAAUCAUAGACAUGUCAAGGCUUGCCCUGCAGUUGUGAUUCUCGCUCUGAAGUAAAUGGGGAAGUACCAUGGAAAUUACAGCAGUCUGCAGUCAGGUGAUCUGUGCUACUGCCGGCUGAGUUCAUGCAAUAACUCUGACCUGACCUGCACAUCAGGUUAUGACGCCAUCAUCCAGUAUCUCAAUGAUGGCAAGAGGACCUGCAAGGAGAUGGAGGACUUCAUGAAAGCCAGGGCAUCAAUUGAAGAGAAGUAUGCCAAAGAUCUCCUUGGUUUGUCCAAGAAGGUGUGUGGACACAAUGAGAUGAACACGUUAAAAAGAUCCCUGGACAUGUUCAAAUUACAGACUGAACAUGUGAGUCUGUCACACUUACAACUGGCACAGAGCAUGAGAGAGGAGGCCAAGAAACUGGAGGAAUUCAGAGAAAAACAAAGAGAAGCGAAGAAAAAGAUAGACCAACAUAUGGACGCUCUCCACAAACACAAGUCUUCACAGUACAAGAAGACAGUGGAUUCAAAGAAGACGUAUGACCAGAAGUGCCGAGAUAAAGAAGAAGCAGAUCAGAACGUGAACCGAAACACCAACACCAACAACACCAAGCACAUGGAGAAGCUCUACUCAAAAGCGCAACAAGCCAAGCAGAAUGCAGAAGAAGCAGACAGGAUAUACCAGCAGAAUGUGACCUCGCUGGGGAAGGUCACAGAUGAAUGGCUGAAGGAGCAUGUCAAGGCCUGCGAGAUGUUUGAAAAACAGGCAAUGGAGCGGAUCAACUUUCUGAGAAACACAGUCUGGACUCACCUCAACUUGCUAUCCCAGCAGUGUGUGACCAGUGAUGAGUUGUAUGAGGAAGUGAGGAAAUCGCUGGAACAGUGCGAUGUCCAGGAAGAUAUUGAACACUUUGUGAACCUCAGACGGACUGGCGACAAACCACCAGCUCCAGUAAUGUACGAGAACUUCUACAGUGGUCAGAGGCCUCCAUCUGGAGCGCCACCCCCCCGACUGCCUCCACCAGUCAUCAGGAGAGGGCCAUUACCUGAUCCAAAGCACAACAGCAGGGAAGACACAAUCUACUCGACAGUGCAAGACGCAGGGUACAGUGUUGUUCAAUACUAACACACAGAUCUGCCGGAGGAGUCAUUGUAGAUCCUAUGCAACGCUGGGGCUUUGUGAUGGACACGAAGGUUACACAUGUCUCAUCACUUCCUCUUUUAUGAUUUCCUGUAAAGAUAAGGUCUUACCAGAUGGAAAUGCAGUGUCAUAUAUAUGUGUAUAUAUAUAUUUUUAGCGAGGUUUGUAGCAUUUUGAAAGUAUCACUGUGUUAUAAACAGUUCAGUAAACAUCAUUGUUUUUAUUUUUAAGUCCUUGUGUCUAUUCUUAAAAUCAAAACAGGCUAAAAUGAGAAGUUUUGCUCAGUAUUUUGAAGAAAAUUACAUUCUGUACAACGAUACAGAAGCUGAUUACACAAGUAAACACAUAAAAUCAGCUAAUUAUUAUGUAAACUUAAGAAGAGUCUCUUUAUUACCCACACAUUAAUGUGCAACACUAUAUUCUGCAUCAUUGCAUCCUAAUUUAUCUUCAGUUCUGUAUUUAUUUCUGUGGAUCUGCACUUUUUAAAAAAGUGUUGAACAGACAUUCACAAAAUAGCAUAAAGUGUCAUCUGUUGUUUUCAACUUGUUUUCAUUUCCUCUUAGAUGUGAGGGUAGCCUGUCAGAUGACUGCUAUUUUGGGAUUGGAAGCUAAAUGCUCACUGUUAUUUAUCUACAGUAUGCAAUAUAUGAAUAACAAACCCUACAUCCUAACAUUUGACAGUCUUAUUGUUGGCUUUAUGUGCUUCAUUGUUGGAAUAUUUGCACAUUUACUUUGCUUUAUUUAUGUUAAGAACACAUCAUUUGUAAGAAGAAAAUGCUACAAACUGUAGGAGGGAUUAAUUGGCAUCUCACUGUGCAAUUAACCCGGUGUUGGUUUUGUAUCAAUAAAAUUAUUGUUCUUCACAGCA